AUGGCAGAACUCACGAGCACGAAACUCAAUGCCGAGUCGCAUCUCCUGCUCGACCAACCUCUCCUCCGUAUGCCAUAUGAGCUUUCUCGGCGCAACUUCAAAAACGCCCAGCGCGUCAUCGAGCAUUCGUCGAGCGCCCUGCCCACAGCCCUCAGCGCAACCGCAAAAGCCGCAAACAAGAACGCCUCACCAGAAGCAACCCUCUCCUCGCUCGACUCCCUUAUUACCAAGAUGCAAGGCCUAAAACGCAAACUCGAGGGCCUCCACGAAGAAGAAAACCGUCUCCACCGCGCAGCCAAAGCACGCCUGCAACACCUACAAGACCUAUAUUCAGUCCAGAGUCUCGUCGACGUCAAAUACGACGAGUGGUCGCGCACACGACUUAGCAGGUUACUCGUCGACUACCUACUCCGCGAGGGAUAUGCAGAAAGCGCCACAUGCCUAGCGCAAAGCAAAGGGAUUGAAGACCUUGUUGAUGUAGAAGCAUUCGUAGCGUGUCAUAAGAUUGAGCGGAGUCUCCGUGAGGGCAUGAGUACGGCACUGGCACUCGAGUGGUGCAAGGAACAUGGCAAGGAGCUCAAGAAAGGAGGAAGCAUGCUAGAGUUUGAGUUGAGGUUGCAGCAGUAUAUUGAGCUUGUGAGACAAGGGCAUGAGGCCGGGUUGAGUGCGAUGGAUGGGCUCGAGGGGGAAGAGGGGGGUAUGCACGGGGUUAGUAUUGGUAGCCGUGGUGAAGGAGGGGGAGAAGCAAAGUUGGUGGAGGCGAGGGCGCAUGCGAAGAAGUACCUUAGUGCGAGUGGGGAUUUUACGCUCAUGAGGCAGGCGGCGGGUAUGUUGGCAUAUAGGCCGUGGGAUGAGGUGGAGCCGUAUGCUUCUCUCUACUCCCCUUCCCGCUGGUCCUACCUCGCAGACCUCUUCGUCUCAACCCAUCACACACUGUACUCGCUCCCGCCCCGCCCCCUCCUCCACAUCGCCCUCAGCGCGGGUCUCUCAGCCCUAAAGACGCCAGCCUGUCACUCGGAAUACAUUCCCUCUGCUACCAACGCCGCCUCGUCCGCUACGACCGUCUGCCCCAUUUGCAGUGCUGAGCUCAAAGAACUCGCGCGCAACGUGCCAUAUGCGCUGCAUACCAAGAGUAUCGUGGAAGAUGCACCGGUUGUACUGCCUAAUGGCCGCAUUUAUGGCUCUGAGAGGUUGCGUAUUUUCAAUGAGAAGGUGGGGACGGAGCCCGGAUAUGUUAGGGAUCCUGUGGCUGGGUUGACGGGGGAUAAGUGGAAGGAGAGUGAGGUACGGAAGGUGUAUAUUAUGUGA